UCCCAUGACACACAACACACGCAGUUUCUCUCUCGGUUGCAAAACCCUCUCCUCUUCAUCUGAUAGAUACACACCAAAUCCACAAUCUUUGUGAUUAGAAUGAAGCAAUCAAAGGAUCCGUUCGAAGCAGCAUUCGAGGAAUCGCCGCCGGAGUCCCCGGUGGAGACGGAGGCGGAGGCAGAGGCGGAGACGCAAAACCCUCCUUCUUCUUCUUCUGCGCCACCGCUUCCACAGCCUCAGAAGGUGAGCGCCACCAAGAACAAAGACAAAGAGAAGGACAAGGACAAGGACAAGGAAAAGGACGAGGAAGAGGAGGAGGAAGAAGACAACAUGGACGUGGAGCUUGCGAAGCUUCCUUCCGCUGGUGACCCUCACAAAAUGGCCAAGAUGCAGGCGAUUCUCUCCCAAUUCACCGAAGACCAGAUGAGUAGAUACGAGUCCUUCCGCAGGGCUGGCUUUCAGAAAGCUAACAUGAAAAGGUUAUUGGCUAGCAUCACUGGGACCCAGAAAAUUUCUGUGCCAAUGACGAUUGUGGUAUCAGGCAUUGCAAAACUGUUUGUUGGUGAAGUUGUUGAAUCAGCUAGAAUAGUUAUGAAAGAGAGGAAGGAAUCUGGACCAAUCCGGCCUUGUCAUCUGAGAGAAGCAUAUAGACGACUAAAGCUUGAAGGUAAAGUCUUCAAGAGAUCAGCCUCGAGACUCUUCCGGUAGAUGGACCAAACAUGAAUGUUGUGCAUAUCACCAGUUUGCAAUUCUGACUUGCAGAUAGAUUAAAUUUUGUAGUCUGUACCUUCAUGUUUCUACAUCUUGAUCUCCAUUUAAUUGGAACUAGUUAAUCGGUAUUGGGAGGUAAAUUAUGCAAAUUUCCCAAUUCCUACAACUAUAAAAUGUGCCAUGGAUGAAUGUAUAGGACCCAACAUCUUUUCUCUAUAGGAUGAGAAGAAAAUAUAGUCUUGAAGAUUGGUGUGGGUGGACAAUUAGUUUCGUGUGCCCCUUGAGUUACUUGUUAGUUACUUAAAUUAGUAGCGAGAAAAAGAGUCUUUCGAGUUGUCAAAAACACUUUCAGCCUUGACAUACAUGUGAAUCCCAUUCCAUUUCCUGUAA